AUGGCACAGCUAGAUGUGGCAAUCUUCAUCGUGUCGGCCGUCAUUAUGGCCAUGUGCCGACAGCCGACAGGGACCAGGGCACGGGUUCCGUCCGCACCCGUCCUGGGCGACCAAACCUUUGGACCAAGGAAACCUCUACUGCUUCAUUUGACGGGUGAUGCUGUGAGGGAGGAUGUGGCGCUGCCACCCGCCUUCUUCCAGCUGGCUGUGGAAGCCUUGAAGGCCUUGAUCUGCGUGCUGGUGCUGCUGCUGCGACGUCAGUGUGGACUCUCCGCCGUGGUUUGGAAUGGUUGGUGGCACACUGCCUCCUUUGCAUUGCCCGCUGCGGUGUACCUCCUGAUGAAUGUGCUCACAGUGAUUGCUGCCCGCUUGUUGCAGCCUCCGAUGCUGCAACUCAUCGCCUCCAUCAAGAUUCUCAUCACAGCCAUUGCCUCGCGCAUCGUGAUGUCCAAGAAGCUGGAGCCUCUGCAAUGGCUGGCCCUGGUGCUUUUGACCGUAGGCGUGGCCGUGGGGGGCCGAGGAAAGAGCACCAUGGAGAGCGGUGAAGUGUCAGAGGUGCCUCUGCUCGGUGUUGCUUUGAUGCUCUUCAACUGCACCCUUUCAUCGCUGGGCGGCGUGCUCACCGAGCGAGCGUUGAAGCAGCGCAGCAGUGGGGAGCUCACCAUCUUUGCGACCAACCUGCACAUGGCCCUUCAUAGCCUUUCAAUGAAUGCCUCGGCGCUUUCUCUGGUGACCUCAGCAGAGUUGCCUCGCCUAGAGCUCCUGCAGAUGUCUGACUUUGUGGCCCUCAGCAACGAGGCACUGAACGGCAUUCUGAUCUCGCUGUUGAUGAAGCGCAUCGAUGCCAUCGCAAAGAACUAUGUCUUUAGUGUGUCCGUCUUCACCACUGCGGCGAUGUCUGCUGUGGUGCUUCGACUGUGGCCUCCGUGGCAGUUCUACCUGGGUUCCAGCAUUUGUGCCGCCUCCAUGGCCUUGUAUGCACAAGGCGGGCGGCCGAAGAAGAUCCAGUGA